CCCAAACACAAACAGUGUGUUAAACUGUGCCCCACAUGCAAUGAGACAGGAGUUUUAUGCAGCUUUCAUUCACUGAUCACUGCCCAUUUCUCGUGAUGCAUACAUGGGAAAGAAUUUCUUUCCCAAUCUUUCUCACUCACACAAAUCUCUCUCUCUCUCUCCUCUCUGAGACACAAGAAAACACCUGGUCCGUGAACUCUGUACCCAAAAGCAUUCAACUCUUCUUCUCUCAUUUCAUCACUUCUGUUCACUGAAGAGUGAAGACGUUUUCCUCUGCAUUGCUGCAGUCACUUUCACUGUUUGCUUCCGCAGUUCUCUCUUCUGCUACAAAGGCCAUUCCUAGUGAAAGAUUCUAAAUAUUUUCCCUUGAAAUUCUGCAUCUUGGUUGAAGCAAGUGAUGCAAGAAGCAGCAGCAUCUCUCUGAGGAAGAAAUUCAAGGUGAUACUUGGUCCCAAAUCCUCACAUUUGCAAGAUAAAGAAGAGGGGAAAGUUGAACUUUUUAGUAAAAAGAACAAGGAGCAAAAGGUAUUGAUGCUGUUGGACAGUGUUUGAUAACAGUUUUUGCUCCUGGAGAAGAAAACUGUUGAGAGUGGAGUGGAGGCACUAACACUUCACUUCAGCAGAGCAGAGAAGAGUGUACACUGAUGGAAAUUCUAUGCUUGUUGCAUAUUCUGCUAGCUUGGUUUUUGUCAAGUUCUGAGCUUGUGGGCGCUGAGCUACAAGACCAAGCUAUAUUACAAGCCAUCAAUGAAGAGCUUAAAGUUCCUGGAUGGGGGGAUAGCAACAAUUCAGACUACUGCACUUGGCAAGGAGUGAGCUGUGGUAACCACACAAUGGUGGAGAGCCUUGAUCUGUCUCACAGGAAUCUUCGAGGUAAUGUGACUUUAAUGUCUGAGCUCAAAGCUUUGAAGCGGCUUGAUCUUUCUAAUAAUAACUUUGAUGGAUUGAUUCCUUCUGGUUUUGGAAUUUUAUCUGAUCUGGAAGUUCUAGAUUUGUCUUCAAAUAAGUUUCAAGGUUCAAUUCCACCUGAAUUGGGUGGUCUCAGAAGCCUCAAAUCAUUAAACCUUUCCAAUAAUUUGCUUGUGGGAGAAAUACCUAUGGAACUUCAUGGCCUAGAGAAAUUGCAGGACUUUCAAAUUUCUAGUAAUCAUUUGAGUGGUUAUUUACCUUCUUGGGUUGGCAAUUUAACCAAUCUGAGACUUUUCACUGCUUAUGAGAAUCGUUUAGAUGGCAAGAUUCCAGAUAAUCUAGGCUUGAUUCCUGAGCUUCAAAUACUUAACCUGCACUCUAACCAGCUUGAAGGUCCAAUACCAGCAAGCAUUUUUACUCCAGGGAAGCUAGAAGUUCUGGUCCUCACCCAGAAUAAUUUUAGUGGUGAUCUUCCUGAGGAAAUUGGGAAUUGCAAAGCCCUUUCCAGCAUUCGUAUUGGAAACAACCAUCUAGUCGGCAGUAUUCCUAAGACCAUUGGAAAUCUUAGUAGCCUAACGUACUUUGAAGCUGAUAAUAACAAUCUUUCUGGUGAGUUAGUGUCUGAAUUUGCUCAGUGUUCUAAUCUCACCCUACUGAAUUUAGCUUCAAAUGGAUUUACUGGAACAAUUCCACAAGAAUUUGGACAACUUAUGAACCUUCAGGAAUUAAUUCUUUCUGGAAAUAGCUUAUUUGGCGAUAUUCCAAUAUCAAUUCUGAGUUGCAAAAGUCUUAACAAGCUUGAUAUUAGCAACAACAGAUUCAAUGGGACUAUACCGAAUGAAAUCUGCAAUAUCUCUCGGUUGCAGUACUUGCUAUUGGAUCAGAAUUCCAUACGAGGAGAGAUCCCUCAUGAAAUUGGAAAUUGUGCAAAACUUCUUGAAUUACAACUGGGCAGUAACUAUUUAACUGGAAUUAUUCCUCCAGAGAUUGGUCACAUUAGGAACUUACAGAUAGCUUUAAAUUUGAGCUUCAAUCAUCUUCAUGGACCACUGCCCCCGGAAUUAGGAAAACUGGACAAACUUGUUUCUCUGGAUGUAUCAAACAAUCGGCUAUCUGGUAAUAUCCCACCUGAGCUGAAGGGAAUGCUGAGCUUGAUAGAGGUAAACUUCUCAAAUAAUCAGUUUGGAGGCCCUGUACCAACAUUUGUACCAUUCCAGAAGAGUCCUAGUUCAAGUUUUUUGGGCAAUAAAGGGCUUUGUGGAGAGCCAUUGAACUCUUCAUGCAGAGACCUGUAUGAUGAUCACAAGAGUUACCAUCACAGGGUUUCUUACAGAAUCAUACUGGCUGUAAUUGGUUCUGGUUUGGCAGUUUUUAUGUCAGUAACUAUAGUUGUCUUGCUGUUUAUGAUCAGAGAGAGGCAAGAAAAAGUAGCAAAAGAUGCUGGUAUUGUUGAUGAUGGAACCAAUGAAAACCCAACCAUAAUAGCAGGUAGUGUUUUUGUUGAUAAUCUAAAACAAGCAGUGGACCUUGAUGCCGUUGUUAAAGCAACACUGAAAGACACUAAUAAGCUCAGCAGUGGAACUUUCAGCACAGUUUACAAGGCAAUCAUGCCUUCUGGGGUGGUCUUGUCUGUUAGGAGACUGAAGUCCGUAGACAAGACAAUAAUCCACCAUCAGAACAAGAUGAUUAGAGAACUUGAAAGGCUAGGCAAAGUUUGUCACGAUAAUCUUGUGCGACCAAUUGGCUAUGUUAUUUAUGAAGAUGUUGCUCUUCUCUUGCAUCAUUAUUUUCCAAAUGGAACAUUGGCACAGCUUCUUCAUGAAUCUACCAGGAAACCUGAAUAUCAGCCUGAUUGGCCUGCCAGAUUAUCCAUUGCCAUUGGCGUGGCAGAAGGUUUGGCCUUCCUUCAUCAUGUGGCAAUCAUCCAUCUUGACAUUUCUUCUGGCAAUGUUCUCUUGGAUGCAAAUUUCAAGCCACUGGUGGGGGAGAUCGAGAUUUCAAAACUUCUGGAUCCAACCAAAGGCACCGCUAGUAUUAGUGCGGUUGCUGGUUCCUUCGGUUACAUACCACCAGAAUAUGCAUAUACUAUGCAAGUCACAGCACCAGGAAAUGUUUAUAGCUAUGGUGUAGUUCUGUUGGAAAUCCUUACAACUAGACUACCUGUUGAUGAGGAUUUUGGUGAAGGUGUAGAUUUGGUGAAGUGGGUUCAUAGUGCUCCAGUAAGAGGGGAAACUCCGGAGCAGAUAUUGGAUGCUAGGCUUAGCACAGUUUCCUUUGGUUGGAGGAAAGAAAUGCUUGCUGCUCUAAAGGUCGCAUUGCUGUGCACCGACAAUACACCAGCCAAACGACCAAAGAUGAAGAACGUUGUUGAAAUGCUUCGAGAGAUAAAGCAAAACUGAGAACAGGGAGCCAAUUGAGUAUUCUGUGCUGUGGUCUACACCAUUGAAGAUUUGAUGUAUGUGAAACUCUCGUGGAUACAGAGGAACUGAUGAGUUACAACUUACAACUUUAAAUAGUAGACUUGUAUCAGGAAUUAUUUUACAUGGUGAAAGUGGUGUGUUAAAGUAAAUUCAAGACCAUUAGCUUUGAUAGAUCCUCACCUUUCUAGUUUGUCCAAGGGUAAGUUGUGAAAUUGCAGCUUAUCUAUUUGACUUGGAUGCUUUACUAGGUUGGGGGAGGAUAAAUGCAAGAAGAGGCCUUGAAACAGGAUAUGCCAGUUCCUAUUGCUUAUAAGCUAAGUCCAAAGUUUUCAUACUGUAUUUUACUCGUUUGGGAGAUG